AUCAGGAAGCGCCAAGGGGGUGGAGCUUCUCAAUUCUAGACGCCACUGAGGAACGGGAGGGGUAAGAGCGGAGCACUCACCAACGGCCGCGGCUUCUGGCCGGCCCGCCCCGCGCGGCGAUAUCCAAUCACAACCCUUGAGGCUAGAGAUGGAGCCAAUGAGGCCCACCCAGGAGGCGGGGACAACAGCUCUCAACUUUAAGAGAUUAAAGACUCAGAGACCACAAGCCUGAGAGUCUGGCUCUCUUUCAAAGACCAAUUGCAAGCUAGAUUCAGGUGAAGCGCAGCUGCCCCUCAGAUGGUUUGGAGGCUGGGAAUGAAAAGGAGGGAGGGAACCCUAUUUCUGUCCAGCUGUUCCCUCCAGAGUUGGUGUUUUGCCUGCAUGUAUAUCUAUGCACAACAUGCAUGCAGUGCCUGUGUAUGCCAGAAGGGGGCAUCAGAUCAUCUGGACCUGGACUGCCACGUGGAUACUGGGAAUCAAACCCAGAUACAAAAGGCCUGUACUUCCAGGCAUUCGGAGGACGCCGCCGAUGUCUCAGCAAGAGUGUGGCCCCCAUGCUAGCUCAUGGCUAUCGCCGCUUCUUACCCACGAAGGACCAUGUGUUCAUUCUUGACUAUGUGGGGACCCUCUUCUUCCUCAAAAAUGCUCUGGUAUCUUCCACCCUUGGCCAGAUCCAGUGGAAGCGGGCCUGCCGCUAUGUGGUGUUGUGUCGAGGCGCUAAGGAUUUCGCCUCCGACCCAAGAUGUGACACAGUUUACCGUAAAUACCUCUACGUCUUGGCCACUCGGGAGCAGCCAGCAGUGGUGGGUACCACUGGCAGCCGGGCCUGUGAUUGUGUGGAGGUCUAUCUGCAGUCCAGUGGGCAGCGGGUCUUCAAGAUGACAUUCCACCAUUCCAUGAGCUUCAAGCAGAUUGUGCUGGUCGGCCAGGAGACCCAGCGGGCUCUGCUGCUCCUCACAGAGGAAGGGAAGAUCUACUCCUUGGUAGUGAAUGAGACCCAGCUGGACCAGCCACGCUCCUACACGGUACAGUUGGCCCUCAGGAAGGUGUCUCGAUGCCUGCCUCACCUUCGUGUGGCCUGCAUGGCUUCCAACCAGAGCAGCACUCUCUAUAUCACGGACCAGGGGGGAGUGUAUUUUGAGGUGCAUACCCCAGGGGUGUAUCGUGAUCUCUUUGGGACCCUUCAAGCCUUUGACCCUCUGGACCACCAGAUGCCGCUUGCUCUCUCCCUGCCAGCCAAGGUCCUAUUCUGUGCUCUUGGCUACAACCAUCUUGGCCUGGUGGAUGAGUUUGGCCGGAUCUUUAUGCAGGGAAAUAACAGAUAUGGGCAGUUGGGAACAGGAGACAAAAUGGACCGAGGGGAACCCACACAGGUUCAUUAUCUACGCCGUCCCAUUGCCCUGUGGUGUGGCCUCAACCAUUCCUUGGUGCUGAGUCAGACCUCGGAUUUCAGCAAGGAGCUGCUGGGGUGCGGCUGUGGGGCUGGAGGCCGCCUUCCUGGCUGGCCUAAGGGGAGCGCCUCCUUUGUCAAGCUGCAUAUCAAGGUCCCCUUGUGUGCCUGCUCCCUCUGCUCCACCAGAGAGUGCCUCUAUAUGCUGUCCAGCCACGACAUCGAACAAUGCCCAGUCUAUCGAGACCUGCCAGCCAGCAGGGUAGGGGGAAGCCCUGAACCUAGCCAGGGGACCGGAGCCUUCCAAGACCCUAGGGGGACAGCCCAGGCCUGUGAGGAGUACCUCAGCCAGAUCCACAGUUGCCUCACGUUGCAGGACCGAAUGGCGAAGAUGAAGGAGAUUGUGGGCUGGAUGCCUUUGAUGGCUGCCCAGAAAGAUUUCUUCUGGGAGGCACUGGACAUGCUGCAGAGGGCUGCUAGUGGGAGUGGCCCAGGCACCUCAAACCCUGAGAGCUGACCCCCUCCUCCUAGCUUGUAUUCCUGAAGGAAAUCAGGCCCUGGGCUAGGGGCUGAGGAGAGAUGGAGUGGCAAACAACAUUGUGUAUACACUGGGGUGGGGGGGGGGGGCGAGCUGUGGAGAGCAGUGCUGGAUAUGCCAGGGUAGCGUAGAGUGGUAGGGUAGGGAAAUAUUUUUUAAAUAUUUAGGGGGCUACCCAGGAGGGGCCCCCAACCUUACUAUCAUGGACAAGAAAUUUGAUGGACAAUAGAAUAAAAGGCUAAAGGAAGGCCUCUUUUGAAACCCUGGGGCCUUAUGGGAGACAAGGGAUGGAGGGGGCCCUGGCCGGUGAGGGUGGGAAGACAGAAGGAGCCCAACCUGUUGGUUUACUGAGAAGUUUCAGCACCACAGCUCACUCCAGAAAGUUCACUCUCCUGUGGGAUAACCCAGUCAACAAACCUUACUUCCCCAGUGUGGGGCCUGUGCUGGGUCUGGAACCUUAACUGGAAUCCACUCACUUUGUGACAGAGUUUCACUGUGUGGCCCAGGCUGACCUCUUUAAUCAUCCUGACUCCAUCUGCAGAGUGCUAGGAUUACAGGUGUGCUGUCAUCAUGCCUGGAUCAGCCCAGCAGUCCAGUCUUCUGGAAGUGCCAUGCCCUAGCCCCGAGUCCCGUGAAGUCAGCUCCCGUUCUCUUCUCUUCCCGUUGGUUUCCAGUGUGGGCCAAUAUUAUACAGGCCACACAUUUCUGCAUUGUGUUGGCAGCCAGGCUCUCAAGCCACAGUCGCACCUGAGGUCACAAUAGCAUGAACAGACUGUCUCCGGGGGCAGGAUAGCUAAUGUGGUUUUGCUCCCUUCUUUGUAAUUAUGGGGAUCGCUGGGAAGAGGUGUUAAUCCAAGCUGGUGACUUUAGUCCUGCUACUAAUGAUGCUAAUAAAUGCUAAUGAACCUCCCCCUCAGUUUACCUUUGGAGAUAAAAGCUGUUUUGAGAAUAAACGCGGGUGAUCUUCAGGAUUUGGAUGGACCCUGAGACUCCCUUCCGAUAUU